AUGUCACUUUCUAACUCAGUACUUGUGUUUAGUUCUCGAGCUAAGCACUUGUGUCGUUCAGACCAGAGGGAUGUUCUUUGGGAGUUCAAGAACGAGUUCUAUGCCGAGGAGUCGUUGCAGUACAGGUUGUGGAGUAACAACACUGACUGUUGUUAUUGGGACGGUAUCUCUUGUGAUCCUAAGACGGAUUCCAUCGGCAACCUCAAGUAUUUGAGGGUUUUGAGCCUUAGUGAAUGCAAUCUCUUUGGAAAGAUUCAUUCUUCACUUGGAAAUCUUUCAUACCUCACUGAUCUUGAUCUUUCUUUUAAUGGUUUCUCCGGGGAACUACCAGAUUCAAUAAAUCGCUUCACUGGAGUCUUGCCAUCAGAUUACUUUGCGCUUUGGAGUGCAAUGUCAUUGGUCGUGGACAUUGUAGAAUAUUAUACGCAGAUCAAGUAUUUAAAACACUUGGUCAUUAUCGAUGAUAUGCCGAGUAGGUAUGCAGGACGUGUGGGACGUAACGCUGGAAACUAUCAUAACUCAGUGACUAUGACGGCCAAAGGAUUGAAGAUGGAGUUAGUUGGGAGUGGUUUCACAAUCUACAAAACCAUCGAUGUCUCUGGAAACAGAUUUCAAGGAGAGGUCCCUGAAUCAAUCGGUUUACUCAAGGAACUGAUUGUGUUCAACAUGUCAAACAAUGCUUUCGUAGGCCGUAUCCCACCAUCUCUGUCGAACUUGACCAAUCUUGAAUCAUUAGAUCUAUCUCAAAACAAAUUAUCCGGCAAAAUCCCACCAGAGCUGGGGGAACUCACGUUUCUAGAGCGGAUGAACUUCUCUUACAACAGGUUAAUUUGA